CGUGAAACGUUGAAUUCAUUCGGCGAGUCCCGACUAAAUUCAAUAAACUCAUUUUUAGAAUCUCUAUUUUUAAUGUCGUUCUCCGUGAUGCCGCAGAAAGCCUUAAACUCGAACUAACGGCUACCGUAACGGUGCUCUUACCAUAAUCAGCACUCGAAUUACGAUGUUAAUCAUCGGUGGCUAUCGCGCUUCGUAAUGAUAGUUAGAAAGAAACUAUGUUACCGAGUGUGAACGAUAACGUCGUAUUCUUCAAAUCAGCGCACGAUUAUGCAGUUCGAGAGAACUCACAAGAAAUUUCAUACAUUAAAUCGUACCAAAAGAUAUUGUAUAGUUUUACUAUUCUUUUCGUCGCAAACGAUUUUCCUACCGAUGACGGAAAACACGACAGAUAUUACAAGGAAAUGAUCGAAACACGGAUAAACGUUUUGGACAAUCUUCGAAUUGCGAUUUAUUCAUACGAGACGGUUCAAUCGGAAUGGAUAUAAAUUGUAGCGUGCGCUUUGCUGCCGAGCACGUAGUUGCGCUACUUCCGGGAAUAGACUUCGCGAAGUACGUAUUAAAUAAAUUGCACUAAUUUUCGAAUCUGCACUCGAAAUAUUUGCAUUACGGUUUCAUGAGGUUGUAACAAAUUGUCUUCGGGCAAUCGUUCCAUCUGAUUUUCCACGCAAGCGCCAAUGGUCAAUGUCUGUUAAUACUUUCCGCAACCUUUCGAACAGUGUUCUAUCGCACGUCGCAAGAAAUAGGAAGCUACACAUACUAUCGGCCGAUAUGAGCGAGAAAAUAAAAAAUAUAAUUUAUCGUAACGACCAUUACAAAUCGGAUUCCGAAUACGUGAUACACAUCGCCAAGACAUUGUUAACGCUGAUAGGAAUUUGGCCUAGAAAGGAUACGUUUCUAGAUAACGUUAAAAUGUAUAUCCAAACAGUAACAAUUUUUAUCCUCAUGUGUUUCUUAUUAAUACCACACGUGAUUUAUACUUAUUUCGAUUGCGAAGAUCUAACCAAGUAUAUGAAGGUGAUCGCCGCGCAGGUUUUUAGCCUUUUGGCGAUCAUUAAAUUUUGGACUCUAAUUUUUAAUAGAAAAGAAAUUCGGUUUUGCUUGAACGAGAUCGAAAUACAGUACAAGGACGUGAAAUGCGAGGAAGAUCGGCUGAUAAUGCUGAAUUGUGCAAAAAUUGGACGAUAUUUUACAAUGGUAUAUUUGGCCCUUGGUUACUCUGGUGCUUUGCCCUACCAUAUUAUUUUGCCUUUAAUAUCGGAGAGAAUCGUGAAAGCUGAUAAUACCACUCAGAUACCUUUGCCUUACUUGAGUGAUUAUGUUUUCUUCGUCAUCGAAGAUUCACCGAUCUACGAGAUCACGUUUGUCGUCCAGAUGUGCAUCAGUUGCAUCAUAAUGACUACGAAUUAUGGAAUUUAUAGCUUGAUUGCUUCUAUAACGAUGCAUUCUUGCUGUUUGUUCGAAGUUACCAGUAGAAGAAUCGAGAAGCUUCGUAAAUGGGAUAAACGAGAUUUGCACGAUCGCAUUGCUGAUAUCGUUCAAUGUCAUCUGAAAGCAAUUGAAUACUCUGCAGUUAUUGGAAAAUCUCUUAGCUUCGUAUUUCUAUCGGAGAUGGUUGGCUGUACCAUUGUAAUAUGCUUCCUAGAAUUUGGCGUGAUUAUGGAAUGGGAAGAUCAUAAAACAUUCAGUACAAUAACAUAUUUCGUAUUAAUGACAUCAAUGUUUGUAAACGUGUUUAUAAUAUCGUUCAUUGGUGAUCGUCUCAAACAAGAGAGCGAGAGAAUAGGAGAAACAUCGUACUCUCUGCCAUGGUACGAUUUUCCGUUGAACGAAGCUAAGAAUGUAAGGACAAUCAUACUAAGAACUAGAUUACCAUCGAGUUUGUCUGGGGCUAAGAUAAUGGAUCUCUCGCUUCAAGCAUUUUGCGACGUAAGUUCCGUGAUUAAAACUUCAGCGGCAUAUUUCAAUGUUCUGCGUGCAAUGGCAGCAUGAAAAUUCAAGCAAAAAAAGAUUUCUACUAUAUUCAACAACAUAUACGAAAAUAAAUGUGAUUAAAAAUAAAUAUUAACACAUUACACAUGAAAUUGUUUGAAAAAAGAUAAUAAACGUUUUCUUUUUGUU